AUGGAUGGAAAUAAUUUGCAAGAAAUUGAUGAGAAAUUAGAUUUAUUUAUGACAACUUGGAUGAAUGGUAUACGAACAAUUAAAUAUGUAUCUGGAAGAUAUACACGAUCACGCAGUGAAUCGCGCAUCGAUCUUAUAAAAUUACUCAAUUCUAAAGCAAAUACUUCGGAUGUUAUAAAGAAA